ACAAAGCGACAGCAAAAUAAAAAAGAAUGGCUUCAAACACCACUUUCCUCUUCACCACCGUGGCAAUUCUUGGCCUCCUCCUCAUCCUCCAAAACACCACCGUCUCAUGCAGAGAUCUUCCAUCGGAGUCAACCAGCAUAGCGGCGAGGCUCCAGCAAAGCGGAGGACUAAUGGAUUGUUGGAACGCAUUGUACGAGCUAAAAUCAUGCACUGACGAGAUCGUUCUCUUCUUCCUAAACGGUGAAACAAAACUCGGUGUUAGUUGUUGCAAAGCCGUCGACGUCAUCACGACCAACUGCUGGCCUGCGAUGCUCACUUCUCUCGGAUUUACGUCUGAAGAAGCUAACGUCCUCCGUGGCUUUUGCCAAGAUCCAAACUCUAGCGACUCUUCUCCGGCUGCUUCUCCCAAGAAAGCUUGA